CCAACUAAUGAAGAAAUGAUCUUAUUUGUAAAGUAAGUUCUUUUUAGGUAACUUCUCAUAAUUAUGUAUCAAUUUUUAAUAAACUCGCUACAUCAUCGAAUUGUGAUAGUCUUCUAUUCACUGAACAAAAUGACAAAGAUUUUAACUUAGAUAACAGUGUCAUAACAUAGGUACUGCAAAGUAUUUAGAUAUAAUACAUACAUAUAUAUGAUAAUAAAAGCGCAUAUAAUUUUAAUGUGUAACAGUGAUAGCUGCAAUAUUUACAUUGCUUUUGUUAGUGACCAUAUUUAAAUUGCAAUUAGAUGGCAGCACAAUGCACUCGACUCAUAAAAUCAGCUGUGGUGCAUACUAUCAAAUGGAAGGAAGGAUACAUAUAUUUGAUAUGAAUUUAAAUUUAAAUUUUAAUUGUCGCAUCUAUUGCACGGUAAAUAUUUAAUUCUAAAAUCUUUAAUAACAAAUGAGUAAAAUUUAUGAUAAGUUUAUAUGUAAACAAUAAGAUAACUAGAGUAUAUAGUAGAUUAAGGAGGAGAAAAAUAAAGAGACUUUGUGUUGAGGUUUUGUUCGUUCUUAGGACAGUUGCUCUCGAAUCAUCACUGGAAAAGUACAAAGCGAUAGUUAGGUCAAUGAUACAUGGCAGUGGUACCUGUAAGCUCGAGCAAACUCUUUCAUUUUAAUCUAUAACUUCAAUCAAAAUGCCCGAGCAAAAUUCAAGUGAUCAAUAUUCGACAUGGGUUGGUCUUAUAUACGUUUUUAACUUAAUUGUUGGAACAGGAGCUUUAACAUUACCCGCUGUUUUUAGUCAGGCAGGAUGGGCUCUUGGAUUAAGUGUUAUUUUAAUACUAGCAUUUAUAAGUUUUAUCACUGUUACAUUUGUGAUCGAGGUAAUGGCAUCUGCCAAUGCUAUAGUAGCAUGGCGACACAUUCAACAUCGAAAACGUGUACUUCAAACAUUAGGUGAAUCCGGUCCUUCAAAUUCAGAUUCUGAAGAUACACCUCUUGUUACACCAUUUUCAAGUAGUCCUGAUUGUGCGGACAUGACAUACCGAUAUUAUGUAAUACGUGAUAAAAUAGAAAUGGGGCAAAUGGCAUCAAUUUUUUUUAAUAAAUUUGGUACAACAUUAUUCUAUUUAUGUUUUGCUAUAUAUCUUUAUGGAGAUUUAAGUAUAUAUGGAGCAGCUGUUGCAAAAACCUUAGCUGACGUUGUUUGUACUUAUCAACCAGCAAAUUUUACAUGCAAUUCUACAAUACCAGAUACUGAACCGUGUUGGGAAGGAUUUGCUCUGGAUCGGGCAGAUGCAUAUGGAAUGUUCCUUACUAUAUUUAUAUUAUUGCUGGGUCCUUUUGUAUUCUUUAAUAUUCAAAAGACUAAAUAUCUUCAACUCUUAACUUCAGGAAUGCGAUGGCUUGCAUUCACUAUCAUGAUUGUAUAUGCUUUAAAAAAUUUAAUCAUUCAUGGUGCGCAAGGAGAUCCUCCAGCUGCGAAUAUCAUGGGUAUACCUAGUUUAUUUGGUGCUUGCAUUUAUUCAUUUAUGUGUCACCAUUCUUUACCUGCAUUGAUCGCUCCAAUCGCAAAUAAGUCUACUUUGACCCGAUCUUUGGCAUUGGACUAUUUAUUAAUAGCAUCUUUUUAUCUCCUACUGGCAUUAACUGGAGCAUUCGCUUUCGAACAUUUGGACGAUCUUUACACUUUAGAUUUUAGCCCCCGCGGAUCUGGGGAUUGUUCCAAAAGUAACAAUAUUUUUAUUAUUCUUAUAGAAUAUUUUUUAUCGCUUUUUCCAGUAUUUACUUUAAGUACAAGCUUUCCUAUCAUAGCCAUCACCCUUAGGAAUAAUCUACAAUCAUUGUUCCUCAGCGAUGAUACGUCUCAUUUGUGUCUUCGUAAAAUUGUCUUCCCAAUAUUAGCAAUACUGCCUCCAUAUAUGAUUGCUAUGAGUAUCAAAGACUUAUCGAUAUUAGUGGGAAUUACGGGAUCAUAUGCUGGAGCAGGAAUUCAAUAUUUGAUUCCAACGUUUUUGGUAUAUUAUGCCAGACAAAAGACAAAUAGACUUAUAGGUCUUGGUGUCGUCAAUAAAUUUGCAAGCCCAUUUUCUAGUAAUUGUUGGCUAAUUUUUGUUAUAAUUUGGGCCAUUGCUUGCAUGAUUUUAGUAUCCGUCAAUUUUAUACAAAUUCAUUUCUAUUCUAUAAGCAUACCUUUAGGAUAGAAAUCUUAUGAAGUACUAAAUCGAGGAUUUAAAAAAGAGGGAGGAGUUACAUAAUGGUGCAUACUUGAAUUGUUUUGUCUUUUGGAUCUGCGAAAUCUAGAGCAUAUCUAAAGUAAUAUCAUUGGAUUUGAUAUUGGUCAUUUCCUACAUGUAAAAGGAAAAUUGUGAUACUAGUGAUUUUAAUGUUUACAUUAAAAUCAUUCUUAAAAUACAUGGAACUUUUAACAGCAAUUCAAAUAAUAAGUUACCAAUGAGAAGAAAAAGUACCUUUAAAAUAUUAGUAAAUAUUUAUUAUUUAAAAUGUGUUAUAGAAUAAUUGUUGUAAGAUAGGACAACUGAGCAAUUGUCCUUGAUAAUAAGAUACCUUCGUUCAACUGUUCACACUUUGGCAUCAUUAUUAGAAUAUUAUCUUUUCCAUCAUAUAAGAGAAAAUAUGGUAUUAAUAGUGAUAAUAAUACUAAUUAUGAUAAUAAGAAUACAUCAUGACACAAUGUGUCAUAGUAAACUGACAAUACACUGGCAUAAGUCAGGAUUAAUCUCGUACAAGCCGGAUGUAUACAUUUAAUUUAUGUUGUAAACUUUUAUAUAAUAUCUUUUGUAUAUUUUUAUUCAAUAGAGAAUAUGCCACUCUUAAUACAGUUUUUACUGUACAUAAAUGUCUUUCAACUAAGUGAUAUUUGGUGGCCAACUAAUAAUAUCUUGUCCACUAUUUCAACGGUAUGAAGGUAUAUUUUAAUCUGUAGACUUGUACAAUAAACAUAUGUAUGUGCAAAACUAUUGAAGGCCUGUAUGAUACAUCAAGAAAGAAUUUAUUUUAAAAAUUUUCUAGCAUACUUUAUUUUUUAUGUGCAUAGAAAAUAUUAGGCAGAUUAGAUGACUGUUGUUGAUUGUAUAAAUUUGAUUUGUAUAUCACAGAACAUAUUUUUAUAUGUAUAUGGUGUAUAAUUGCCAACAAAGUAUUUGCAAUAUGCCUCUCAUACCGUGUACUUAUACAAAUAUGGUAUAUAAAUAUAUAAAAUAUGUACACAUAUAUUUUCUAAAAAUAAACAGAAAAAUAAAGAACUGAUUAUAUAAAUUUA